AUGACCAAAUUGUUAGUGUUUUGUUUGCUAAUUCUCGCGGUCUUCCUUGCAGCUCCUACGGUCGAGGGCGAUGUUAGCUUCAAUUUGUCCGGUGUUACCAAAACAUCCUAUGCAACUUUCCUCAAUGCUUAUAGAGCCGAUCUUCCAUACAAAGAGACAGUGUUCGAUAUAAUUCUACUGCCUGUCAAUGUUACAGGUUCAAGUCGCUACACACGAAUCCAUCUUACAAAUUCAUACAAUCAAACCAUCCAGCUUGCUAUAGAUGUAACGAACGUUUAUGUUCUGGGAUUUUACACCACAGAGUGUAACUUAUCCCACUUUUUCAACGACUCUGUUGCCACUGAAGCUAAGAAAUUUGUAUUCACCGAUUCCAAGCAGCAAACACUUUCAUUCGAUGGCAGUUACGGACAACUUGCAGGAGCUGGAGGAAGACGACAAAGUCUUAAACUUGGACUCGUAGACCUCAACUAUGUCUACAUUCCAACGUUGUACGGCUACAACUGCCCCGGCUACAGUUACAAGCCGAGCGAUGUUGCGAAGGCAAUGGUCGUCGUAAUUCAGACUAUUUCCGAGGCUGCAAGAUUUCAAAAGAUUCAGAAAGAUGUUAAAUACAACAGUAUUCCAACUGCAGAAGUUCUGUCAUUGGAAAAUAAUUGGAGCAAACUCUCCAAACUAGUUAAGCAAGCAGACCCGACAACUGGAAACUUUAAGGUUAACUUUACACUUGAAAACGCGACAGGUACUCCAGUUGUUGUAUCCAACGUUAAUUCACCAUAUGUAAAAGGUAACAUCCAGCUGCUGCUGAACAAACAGAAUAUUUCAGCUACGUCUGAAAAUUACGCUACAAUCUAA